AAAGGUAAUUGUGCCUUAAAUGAAAUUAUGCAAUUAGGCUAGGGGAUGAAAGUAUAAAAUUACUCCGGAAAGAGAAACAAAAGGUUAAAAGAGGAUCAAAACGGCGGCAAUUAGCCGAACCUACACAUUCUCUCUGAAAAAAAAAAAAAUUGAGUUUCAGGUACACUUAUCUUGCUGUUUUUGGUGUUUCUUCUUGCAUAAUUGUGAUUAAUACUCCAUAAAUGGCCUUAAAUCUUAUUGAAAGAGGAACCCAUGAAUCUGAAAACCCAAUUGAAUUGUCUCUUAGAGAAGCUUUUGAGUUUCUUAAACCCCAAUUAAACCCCCCAUUUACCUUAAAAGUCCUAACACAAGAGGAAUAUUCAAACCUGAAUAAAGCUAUAAUCUUUGGCAUUUUAACCCAACCCCAUUUGGCUAAAGUUCAUAUUAAGCACCUACAUGCAAUUAAUACUGAUGGGUAUUGUUUCUUUACUUGUAUGCUUAUCAAGAUUGUUGAUGAAAUUUAUGUAAAGUUGGUUGAUUCAGUGAAAAUUCAGCUUAUAUGGGUUACUAAAGAGAUGUUGAAUGUAUUGGCUAUAGGGUUUGAUAAAUUGCUAGUGGCUCUUUUAAGGCAAAUUAUUAGUGGGGAUUUUAGUGAGGGUAAUUUGUGGUUGUGUUUAGAGAUGGUUACAUUGUUUUUAGCCAAUUGGGAUUGUUUGUUAGAGGAAGAACCAUCGGUUUUGAAUAAGGGAUUGUAUGUGUUCCUCCGGUUAUUGACCGAUCAUUAUAGAGUACAAAGUAUACCAAUGAUGGAUGCAUUGAAGAGAAUGGAGGUUGAGUUUUGUGUUCGACUUUUGAGGGAACAAUUUUCAUUGUGUUUGAAGAUAGGGAGGGACUUAAUUAGGCUUUUGCAAGACUUGGUUCAUAUACCUGAGUUUAAAAUGAUAUGGAAAGAGUUGUUAUUGCAUCCAGGACAGUUUAGAGUGGAGGGAUUUGAAGAUAUUUCACAAAUUUACCGCACAAAAACUCCAAGUUCGUACUUUUUGCUUCGAAUAACUCCUGAAAUGGAAACCAAAUUGAGGUUUUUGCUUACACAUGUCAAGUUUGGUACUCAAAAGAGGUACCAGGUUUGGUUCGCGAAGAAGUUCCUUGGAGUACCUGAGAGAGAAACUGUCUUAAUUGACAUUGUUAGGUUUAUAUGCUGUUCAGUUCACGCAUCCAGUGAAAUUACGCAACCAGAUAUCUUACCUAGAUGGGCUGUGAUUGGUUGGCUGUUGAAGUCAUGCAGGAAGAGUUAUGUCGAAGCAAACUUAAAGCUUGCAUUGUUUUAUGAUUGGCUUUUCUUUGAUGAAACGACUGAUAAUGUUAUGAACAUUGAACCUGCAAUUCUUUUGAUGGUGAACUCUAUACCCAAGUAUAUUGACGUGACCCAUACUCUUCUCGAGUUCCUACUAAUUGUGGUUGACAACUAUGAUAUUGAGAGGAAGGAGAUGAUCUCCAAAGGGGUGUCAACAGCUCUUUCUACACUUGUUAAAAAAGGAAUUGUUGGUUCACUUGAUGUUUUGACUCGAUGUGACUUGAUAGCAACAGUCCUUAGGGAAAUGCUUGGGAAAUUGGUAUUGGUCAUGCAAGGUACCCAUUCCAAAAAUUUAGGACCAUCCAGUAUCAUCCAUGAUAUGUCACCACCACCUUUCCAUUUUCUCUCGUCAAGCUCAGGAUCCCAACACCCUAAGAGGGUAAACUGAAAUUAACUGUGUGUCAUCACAGGCAUAUUUAGGGCAGAUUUAAUGCAUCUCUUUCGCCUCCCGGAGAAUUGCUUGUGGUCUUUUUUUCCAAUUAGGCUAUAAAGUUCCACUCAAGUGGAUGAAAGUUUCAAGGAGAAGUUUGAAAUCAAGGUGAUAGGGAAAACUUCUUUUUCUCUCCCUGAAGAAUUGCUCGUGAGCUUUUUGCUCCAACAGGCUGAAGUUGCACUCAGGUGGAUGAAAGUUUAUAAGGAAAAGUUUAAAAUCAAGGUGAUAGGAAGUUUCUCAAGGUAAUACUUGAAUACCUGAAGAUAAAUGUUCACCGUCAUGUUGCUAUAAGUUUCUUUAGGUCUUGAGUAAUGCACAUUCCUCUCGUUGUUAUGCUUUUAUCAGGGAAGUCCUUCUAAUCCUGUCGACACUCUAUUUUUACCUGCAUCAGCAGUGGAGAACUUGAGUUAAGAAAGCUACAUUUCUUGGUUUAUUCUUUCUUUGCAAGCGAAGGGGCCAUGAAACAGGUAUGAAAGUGACACCUCCUUAGAUGAACAUGUUCUCUCAAGCCUCUGCCUCGUCUAUAGUUAGUGAUGUUUUGCAGAAUGGGAAGUGGAGAUGGCAAUUGGCACAUAGAAGAAUAAAAUAGAAGUUAUACUACUUUGUGAAAUUCGCUUGUUAACUUGUGCCUAAAGCUAGUUGUAUGGAUUCAGUAAGAUGGAAGUUUGAAGGAGAAGGUUGUUCUACUAUCUGAAGUGUAACAUUUUCAGGCAUAAUGAAUUAGCAGGUGUAUUGACAAUCCCUAUGGUUUAAGAACAUAACUUGUCUAAAUUUAGUCAUGGCAAUUGGCAAGAUCAUAAUCUCCAAAAUAUUUGCCAAAAAUGUUUAUCGAUCAUAAAAACACAUUUUGUAUAACAUAGGCGAUUAUAUUCAUUCUUAAGCGAUUCUUUGAAACAAAAUUUAGGCGAUUCA